UGACUCAAAGGUCAGGUGUACUUUUUCAAACGUUUAGAAAACUGUGACUGAUAGCACACUCUCAUUAUACGCUCCUGGAUGUCUUCUGAUCCACUGCCAUCAUGGACCUAAAGCUCCUCUUCUUUUGCCUCUUCUUAGCUGCGCUCCUCAUACCUGCAGAACUAAAACGCAAACAUGGCAAAAAUCGUUAUAGGCACCGUGAUCCUGAGCAAAAAGGCACUGGGAGACGUAAACCUGGCAGAGAAUCAUUCAAGAACAUUAUUGAAGACUUCUUCUUUGAGCUAACUGAUGGAGGUGAUGAUGAAGAUGAUGAUGAUGACGAUGUCUCAGAAUGGCUUUUUAAACUUCAAGACCCUGACGGCCAAUGUAACCCAAACCCUUGUGAAAACAAUGGAGUGUGUGAGGAGAAAGGCAAGAGAAGGUUCAAAUGUGACUGUCCAGCACCGUUCAAGGGAAGGAGAUGCCAGAGAGGUCCAAAAGUUUGUAAAAGGGGUAGAUGUGGUAGGGGUGAGUGUGUGUUGACCUCGACUCCCCCGUUCUUUGAGUGCAAAUGCAAGCAUCCCUUCACGCCUCCACACUGCAGAACUUAUACACUGUGUGAGCCUAAUCCAUGUAGGAAUGGUGGCCAAUGCAUCGUAGAUGGAAAUGAAUUUGACUGUAGUUGCCCUCCAGGGUUCAGAGGACGUUUCUGUCACGUUGGCCCAGAUGACUGCUUUGUGGAUGAAGGAGAGUCAUAUCGCGGCAAUGUAAGUGAGACAGAUGAUGGCAAUGAAUGCCUCUACUGGAACUCACACUUCAUCCUGGAGAAAGGAACUGAUCCUUUCAACUCCUUCGAGGACCCUGAUGGACUUGGCCCUCACAAUUUCUGCAGAAACCCAGACGGAGACUUGAUGCCCUGGUGUUUCUUCAGAAGAGGCCGUAAGCUGCUGUGGGACUUCUGUGACGUGGAUAUGUGUCCUGAACCAACAGGUGAGGCACCAACUGGAGCUUUGCCCACUGCUGUGCAGCCCCAACCACCGGAAAUAGAACCUACAGAAAUCCCUGAGCCAAUAACUGCCAAACCUACACAAACUAUUGAGGUUGCAGCUACUGCCGGUGCGUCCAUCCUGCCGCAACAAUUCUCCACCUGUGGGGAGGCACAGCCAAAGAAGUCCGUUACCCGAAUAUUUGGAGGUUUGAAGGUUUCUCCUGGGGCCAUACCCUGGCAGGUGUCCUUGCAAGUGAGACACAAGGGCUCCACCCAGCCUUUCAGACACAUUUGUGGAGGCACUCUCAUUGAGAGCUGCUGGGUGCUCACAGCUGCACACUGCAUUGACAAAAAUAAGGACAUGCAGGUGGUUAUGGGGGGCCUGUCUAUGGAUUUGGACGAACCAACAAUGCAAACUUUACAAGUUGAAGAAGCUAUCGCGCAUGAGAACUACAGGGAGACUUCUGCAUCUGUUCACAACGACAUAGGCUUGUUGAGGCUGAAAGGUAUUGAUGGAGUCUGCGCCAAUGAGACUCAGUUUGUGAAGACAGCCUGUCUACCGGAUGUCCAACUUCCUGAUGGGAUAGAGUGUACCAUUUCUGGAUGGGGUGCCACUGAGACAUCUGACUUUGGUUCCAGCCACCUGCUGGAGGCAAACGUACUACUGAUCAACCAGGAGAAGUGCUCUGAACCCAAAAUUUAUGGCGCAGCCCUGGAUAGUGGUAUGUUCUGUGCUGGCCACCUGCAAGGAGGUGUUGAUUCCUGCCAGGGGGACUCUGGAGGACCAUUGACUUGUAAGCAAGACAUUAGUCGUGUUAUCUAUGGUGUGGUGAGCUGGGGCGACCAAUGUGGAAGGAAGAACAAGCCAGGGGUCUACACACGGGUCACUCAUUACCUGGACUGGAUCAGGUCAAAGAUUCAAGCACCAUCUUCAUAAGCAGCCUCAGGAAGUUUCCACUCAGUGUAGCCAUUGUCACAAAAAGCCCCUGAAACUUAUAAUAAGUCUAAUCAGGAUAAUGAUCAUACAGUCAUAAUGCUUGAAUGAGAAUAAAACCGUAAAUUGGAGAAAAAUGUAAAUUUUAUUUAGGUUCGCUGCCUGUGUCGUCCUGCUUUUUCACGAAGAUGCUUUUACUAUAAAGAGUCAAGACUAAAGUCAAAUAAAAUAAUAAAAUACUUGAA